AUGAUUACUUUAGCAUGGAUAAAAGGAAGCCCAACCACGCGCACCACCUUCGUUGCUAAUCGAAUAAGCGAAAUUCAAAGUUUAACUAACAUCGAAUCCUGGUAUCAUGUAAACACAAAACAGAAUCCUGCAGAUUUAGGAUCGCGAGGAUUAACAACUGAAGAGCUCAUUAACAAUGAGAUGUGGUGGGAUGGGCCAACAUUUCUAAGAAACUUUAAUCCGCAAGAUUAUUCAUCAAAAACUACUUUUGAAACACAACAAGAAACUAAAAAGGAAAGCAAAAUCAAUACAAAAACAUUAUACAAUAAGAAUUUUGCAACACUAUUAAACUUUUCUUGUGUUGCAGCUUACUGUGUUACAACAGAAAACGAAUUUUUAAGGAGAGUCUCUGAUUUAAGAAGAUUGAUUCGCAUCGUUGCAAUAUGGCAAAGAUACAUAUCUAACUUAAGAUCAAAAUUAAAUUCAAAAAUGAAAUUAGGAUUAGAGAACAAUCCACUUAAAAUUGAAGAACUAAAUGUAUCUAGAACAACAAUUACCAAAUUAGUACAAAACGAACUAUUUUAUGAAGAAAUAAAGGCAUUAAAUGAAUCAAGAGCUAUCCCUAAAGGAAGUGGAAUUUUGAACUUAAAUCCCUUCCUUGAUAAAAACGGUAUCUUACGUGUAGGUGGUCGACUUCAAAACUCCUAUUUACCUUACAGUCAGCGGCAUCCAAUCAUCCUCAAGGAUCAACAUCACUUUUCAAAACUAAUUGCAUGCGAUGCUCAUCAACGUACUCUACAUGGUGGACAGCAACUCAUGAUGGCAGAUAUUCGAAACUAUUAUUGGAUAACCAACCUUAAACGACUAGUAAAAUUUACAAUACACAAAUGUGUAAGGUGUCAUAGACAUGAUGCUAUAAUGCAAAACCAACUAAUGGGAAGCCUUCCAACUGAACGUGUUAUAAUCACAAGACCCUUUACAAACACUGGUGUGGACUAUGCUGGACCUGUUGAGAUUAAAAUGUGGAAGGGUAGGUGUAACAAAUUCUCAAAAGGGUACAUCGCCGUAUUCGUAUGUCUAUCUACAAAGGCCUUACAUCUUGAAUUGGUCAGUGAUUUGACCGCAGCAACCUUCAUAGCUGCUUACAGGAGAUUCGUAGCCAGGCGCGGAAUAUGCAACAACUUAUUUAGUGAUUGCGGAACUAACUUCAAGGGUGCAAGCAAUGAUCUCAAAAGAGACAGUAAAUUCAUAACUUCUGAAUGGUCAUCCACAGUUUCAAAAACUCUGGCCACGCUCUAUACCACUUGGCAUUUUAAUCCUCCACUAUCCCCCCAUUUUGGUGGACUAUGGGAGGCAGGGGUGAAAUCCAUUAAACAUCACCUUAAAAGAACAAUUGGCACUGCGAAGUUGACUUUUGAAGAAUACUCUACAUUACUAACUCAAAUUGAGGGGUGCCUUAACUCACGACCUCUUUGUCCAAUGACAUCUGAUCCAAAUGAUCUCAAUGUCUUGACACCAGGACACUUCCUUAUUGGAGAUUUUUGGAAGCAGUGGAGCACAAGCUAUCUUCACUUGCUUCAACAACGACCAAAAUGGUUACAACAAAAACCAAACAUCAAUGUUGGAGACAUUGUCAUAGUAAAGGACGACAAUUUGCCACCCUCAUUAUGGUUACUCGCGCGGGUUAUCGAAUUACAUCCGGGAACUGAUGGUCUAACUCGCGUAGCUACCAUCAAAACACAAAAUUCAACGUUCAAACGGCCGAUAACAAAAUUAUCCCCUUUGCCGGUAACAAAUCCGUCGAAUCCGAAUCCAUAA